AUGGUGGUCAAUCAAACAUUAUACAUUUUGGUAUGUAUUUAUUUUGCUGAUGAGAAUGAAGCCCUGAAUGCGAAAGAAUUGAAUCCAGUUGAGGAUGAAGAAACCUUGAAUAAGGAUGAAGCUGGAGUUGCUGAGGAAGAAGGGGUACUAGAGAAAGAUGCUCUAGUGGAAGCGGAGGCGAGGGAGAAAGAGAAUGGAGAGAAAGUAGAGGAAGUAGAGGAGGAGAAAGAGAAAGAGCCAAAGCCAAAGGAAGAAGAAGGAUUAGAGGUUGGAUUGGGAAAUGGGGAGGAUGAGGAAGUAGGGUUUGAGGAGGAGGAGGAGGAGGAGGAGGAAGAUGAAAGAGAUAAAGGGAAAGGGGAUGAUCCAAAGGAAAAGGUGGAAGAUCCAAAGCCAAAACCUGACAUCUCGAUCGAUAUGUGGUGGAAGGGACUGUGA